AUCUAAUCGGCGCGCAUAUCUCUUUCACUCAGCAUUGCCUCGCUGGGCUUCUACUUUGCCGCGGGGCUCUUAUGUCGCCAUCUACCAUCUGCUCAACCGGACACCCCACAGGUGCGCGCAACCGUCGACAUGCGUCUCCUCCUCCUCCUCCUCCUUACCGUCCUCGCGGCGGCAGCACGUGCGUGCCCUCCACCGUUCAAUAACUUCCGCUUCGCCGGCAACGACACUGCUGCCCUCAUUCAAGAGGCCAUGCUGGAAAAUGGUCUAGGUUGGACGGAGGCGGCCUCCCACUUUCAGAAUCCGAUCCAGCCCUGGCCACGCGAUUCCGACGGGAUUGUCCGCAUCAAGUACUGCUUUGCCACACCGGAUGAUCGGCAAAACUUUAAAAUCUUGAUCGAUCAAGCAUGGAAUGUCUGGAAAACUGGGAUCAAGAAUCCGGGCCACUCACGCGGUCAUCGGCUCAUCUUCCAAGAGUUUAACUGGAACCCCGCAGUUGAGUGGAAGUACUGUUACAAAGACCUAGCCGGUGGUUCAACCCCAGCAAACUGGAACCAUGGCGCGAAUCUGCCGACUGAAACGAUUGUAAUUAUCGGUGAAGAUGUUGGGGUCUUUGCUCAAUCAACCCUUGGGUAUACCCUUCCUGCCCUGAAUAACGCAGCCGGGCGGCACAAAGUGAACAUUCACCCGAGCGCAGGUGGCUCCGGUUUCUCGGUGCCACUCCUAGCGCAUGAACUAGGUCAUGUGUGGGGACUUUUGCAUGAGCACCAGCGAUCGGACCGGGAUCACUACGUUCACUUCGAGUGUAGCAACCUGGUCGGUUAUAAUCAAGCUCGCCAGCUGGUCGAACAACAAGGUCAGCAUACCAUGGACGAAGUGUGCACAUCGGAGACGCUUGGUUGGAAGUACAACUUCGCGGGCCCUCCCAACUUCUCCAAAGAGAGCAGAAAGUCGACGUACCACGGCCAGGACUACGUGUGGCACGUAGCAGAGGGUCCAUUCUACGAUGUGGCCUCUAUCAUGCACUACGCCUCCGGUCACGGCUUCGAUGCGUCCCGGCAAGAGGGAAACGUCCAGAACCAUCCGUUAACGAUGUGGAAGGGACGUUGGCCAGGUUUCCAACCCCCAGGCCAGGUCACGCAAGAUAACUCGGAGAUCAUCAACUUAAAUUACCGAGUGAGCAACCUCGAUGUCUUUGCUGUUAAACACCUCUAUCCCUGGUAGUGGGCCCAUUAACCUACAAGAUUUGCCAUUAGGAACUCUAGAGGUCGGGAUACGCGAUGGUGUUUCAAUUAGACAAUGGAAGACAGCGCGAAGGCCGCUAGAUGGCAACUAUAUGGGGAUUUUCUGUCUAGAUUGCAAGAUUCCGGUGUUUGUACCCUUCUUAAUCCUGGCCGGCGAGCAUAUAGAUUUUAGAAGGC